AUGGAUCAGAAGCGAGUAGUAACGGCUGGUGCCCUCGGCAGGACUGGAAUGAAAUUUACUAUUGCCAAUACUGACCAUGUACGGGACUUAUACAUAAGUAUUCGGUACGCUUCAGGCACGGAUGAACUAUGUAUCAUUCAAACGAUCCAUUGCAAGAAAAAACUACCACUACCUGUAAACGUGAAAGCAUCACUAAAAGUUGAGACUAUGAAUUGUCGGUUGUUGAUGCUACUGGUGGUGACCAUCAGCUUCUUCAAAAUUUACGUUUACAGUCAGCAACAAAGCUUGUUCUGUUCUUGUGUUGCUCCAUAUUCGACUUGA